GCAAGAACCCGGCAGCUUAAUCGUUGGGUUAAGCCAUGUAUGCAAGAAACACAUGGGCAGUGAUUUGGCCAGAUAGGUUGAUCCUUUGUGGCUAUGGGCAUAUGGGCUAGCCGUGCUUGGCGUCGAGCCUUUUCAAGUGACCAACAAUGUAAGAUUGUCAUCGUGGGAUUGAACAAUGCAGGUAAAACGACAAUCUUGUACAAUCUGCAUCUCGGGCAGGUUGUGAUGACGCAACCCACCAUUGGUAGCAACGUCGAAGAGGUCAAACACGAAAACAUUACUUUUCAAGUGUGGGACCUUGGAGGGCAGGAAGUUUUCCGUGCCAACUGGGCCACAUACUUCGAGGACACUGAUGCCAUUAUUUUUGUUGUUGACAGCAAUGAUCAGGAAAACCUGGUCCUGGCAAAGAUGGAGCUGUUCAACGUUGUGCUACAUGAGGAUCUGAAGCAUGCUUGCCUCUUGGUCUUUGCCAACAAGCAGGACAUUCAGGGCAGUCGCAAUGCCGGGGAGAUUGCGCAAGACCUUUCUUUGCACAAGAUCCUCACCCAUGAGUGGCAGAUCCAAAGCUGCUGUGCUCUCACGGGUGCCGGUCUCCGUGAGGGGUUGAGCUGGAUCGCGGGCAGAAUAAAAGCCCGCCGUGCCGGGAAUGUUGGGGGAGAGAAGGAAGGCGCCCUUCCUGUGAGCUGAGCCAAGUCGUAGAGCUGUGGCCCACCAAAGAGGUGCGGCCCGGAUUUCGGACCCCUGAGCCGAAGGAAAUGUUGAGAGGAGCCCAG